AAACGUAGUGACAAUUGAUUUAACCUUACAUAUUCGGGGAAAAUAUCAACCAACAGUCAGGCAAAUAAUCAAUAUGAACUAAAUUCCUAGUUAAACUGACGUUCGAUGUGGGAGGAAGCAUGAGUCGCCAGGGCUGGUGAAAAUGUCAUUUACUCUAACCAGCCAGAGCGUAAUCCGAUUUGAGAGCAGCAGCUCCAGACUUCGGGACGAAUGGCAGCGGACAUUAAUGUUUUUCAAUGUCGAUAUAUCUGGGGGAGUGCACUGCGACCACCGAAACGAGAUUACCCAGGACCGUAAUGGAGAGCGGCGAAACCCAGGCGGAGGAUUGAGCAAUCCAAUUAGAGAGUGUGCGAUGCCAUUUGGGAAGCAAAAUGAAUUCUAUGCCCAGAGCCGGGAUGAUUUCGGCCCUCGGGCACUCAGAUCAAGGCGACGCUCUCUUGUUGGCCGAAGAAGACGAAGACUUUCUUGCGGAAGUCGCAUGCGUUAUCGGCCGACAAAACCAAGGUGGAAUAAUCCUGAUAUAGCCCCGUUUUCCCAUUUCCCCGCCCAGAACUCUAAUCAUCCCUAUGUCACCCCAGACUAUGACACUGAUAAUGGGUACAACAAUCACUGUGCCCACAACCCGUAUCAGAGUGACGAAUUUGAACUGCCUAAUCAAAAUUCCAGGGACUUGAUAUAUCCUGAGACAGCACGAGAUUCACGAGAUUGCUAUGGCACCGAUUCGUACACCGAUUCCUCAUAUGAAAGUCCUCGUGAUUAUUACGAUAACGAAAGGCUUAAACGUGGAACUUAUCAGAGAUCAUACGAACCACCACCUUAUAGAAACUGCAGUCCCUAUUAUCCAGAUGAACAUGAUGAUUUCAAUAUGAACGGUAGGGAAUCUCUAUCCCAGCUAAACAUUUUUAGAAGAGGGAAGCAGAGACAAACGUCGGGAUCAAUGAUACCCGAGUAUGCCAUUAAUUAUAAUGAUAAAUAUCAUAAAGAGCGGUAUGUGUCACCUAAUGAUAGCGAUUUCGAAGAUCGUUAUGAAGACUCGGAAGCCACCAAAGUUCGAUAUUCGCCACAAAAACGUUUCGGUUAUGAUGACUAUGGGGAGAAGAGACACAGGCCGCCGCCUUUACCUUCUCCGAAACCAAGAGCCAAGUUUCGAAGCGAUUAUAAGCCAUACAAGGAUAAAGGCUACGCAAUUAACCAAUCCAGGCAUUAUAAGACAGAUUUACCGGAUAUGGUAAGCCACCACUCUCACGUACCAGGAAAUCGUCAUAGAAAUCGCUCAAGGGAAUCCGGAAGUUGCCAUCGAAAUCGCUCCAGAAGACAUUCCUACCUGGAAAAGAAUACACCCUAUUUUACUCCCUACAAAAAGUCUAGAGAAGCGUCAGCACAUAAUAAUAGAAUCUCCCGGCAAACUUUAAGUCUCGGUUCCCCGAAAAUGCAUCAGAAUAUGCCAAAGGCCCACGUAACAGUGCCUCGAAGACCUCCUGAGAAAAGAAAACUAAAUUUUGAGGUAGAAGAAAUUCCACAGCCUUUCAAGAAAUACAUAAGAAAGGAGGUACCUCCCAGUAAUUUCACCUUAGCUUCAAUGAUGAAAUACCCCGUCGGCAGAGAAAUUUAUUAAAAGAACCUUCCGUAAGCUUCGGUAAUAUCUCAUCUUCGAAAUUGUAUGAACCCGACGAGCGG